AUGGCAGCAGUCCUGAUUCUCCUGACCUUUCUUCUGCUGCUUGGAGCUGGUGCAGAGGAGAUCAUCGGGGGCCACGAGGUCAAGCCCCACUCCCGCCCCUACAUGGCAUUUAUUGAAUUUGUGAAAGAUGAUGGCAGAAGUUAUAGAUGCGGAGGCUUCCUGGUAAAAGACAACUUCGUGCUGACAGCUGCUCACUGCAUGGGAAGCUCAAUGAAAGUCACUCUAGGAGCCCACAACAUCAGCAUCCAGGAGGAGACCCAGCAGACCAUCCCUGUGGCUAAAGCCUUCCCACACCCAGACUACAAUUUUAAGGAUGACUCCAGUGACAUCAUGCUCUUAAAGCUGGAGAGGAGGGCAAGGAGGACUAAUGCUGUGAGGACCCUCAGGCUGCCCAGGAGUAAUGUCCAUGUGAAGCCAGGGGAUGUGUGCUACCUGGCUGGUUGGGGAAUAGUGGCUCUAAAUGUUAAACUCCCAGAUACUUUGCAAGCGGUAGAGCUGACAGUCCAGAAGGAUGAGGAGUGUGAGUCCCGUUUUCCACAUAGUUACAACAAAGCUACUGCGAUCUGUGUGGGGGACCCAAAGAUCAAGCGAGCUCCCUGUAAAGGCGAUUCUGGAGGGCCUCUCGUGUGUAAAAACAGAGCUGCAGGCAUUGUGUCCUUCGCCGAUAAAAAAUGUUCAGCACCAGGAACCUUCACCAGAGUUUCAAGUUUCCUAUCCUGGAUAAAGAUAAUGAUAAAACAUAGCUAA